AUGGCAGAGGACAUGUUCAGACCUCCAGUCAACCGCGCCAUGCGCGUCCUGGACCGCUCCUUCUUCCAGAAGAAAAUUCCUGCCUCGGCCGCUCGCGUUGUUGACAACAAGACUAUUUCCAAGUGCAGAUCUGAACUGUUCAAGGCGAACGAUGUUCUCCGUCUUGAAAGAUAUCAGAUUGUCAGACCAGAUCCUAACGAGGCUGAUGCAAAGGCUGGAAAGAAGUGCAUUCUGCUGAGGCCGCAGGUCGACGAGAAGGACUGUGUCCGAACUGGAAAAAUAUCCAACUGUACACGCACUAAUCCCAGCANNGAGGAGAUUGCGAGCGCCGUUCUUCCUCAAAGUCAAGAGCACGAUGAGAUUCCAUCUGGAUUCACUCUCGUCGGUCACGUUGCACAUCUGAACCUUCGUGAACAGUACAUGCCUUACAAGAACAUCAUCGGCGACAUCUUGGUUGACAAGAACCCUGCCGUCAGAACUGUCAUCAACAAGAUUGAUGAUGUUGGUGAGGAGAGCGAGUACCGUACCUUCAAGUAUGAAGUUCUUGCUGGUCCUGACGACAUGGACGUCGAGAUUCGUGAAGCCGACUGCACAUUCAAGUUCAACUAUGCAAAGGUCUACUGGAACAGCAGAUUGAACACCGAACACCAAAGGCUUGUCGACUCGUUUGCCAAGGGUGAAGCCGUUUGCGAUGUCAUGGCUGGUAUUGGACCUUUUGCAGUGCCAGCGGGCAAGAAGGGUGUCUUUGUUUGGGCCAACGACCUCAAUCCCGACAGCCACGCCAGCAUGCUUGACGCUAUCAGCCGCAACAAAGUCGACCAGUUCGUAAGGCCGUUCAACCAGGAUGGCCAUGUCUUUAUCAAGGACGCCGCCCACAAGCUUCUCACGACCAAGCAUCAUGUACAAGUCCUUGCAAAGCAAACUCGCACCGAGGCCAAGGCGACCAGAGCGCCACCCAGGGUCUUGAAAACCAUCGAAGAGCCCAACACCUUCUCCCACUAUGUCAUGAACUUGCCAGCGAGCGCCAUCGAGUUCUUGCCUGCAUUCAUCGGCCUGUACACAGAGGAAGACAGAAAGCUACUCCCUGCCGACUUCAAGCUUCCUAUGAUUCAUGUUUACUGCUUCGACACCAAGAGCGAUGACAACGUACAAGAAGGCAUCAGCAUUUGCAAAAAGAUAUCUGAGCAAAUCGGCUACGAAGUCACACCGCAAACCCCUGAACUCAGCAUCUUUGAUGUCAGAGAUGUUGCACCCAAGAAAAGAAUGUUCUGUGCUUCUUUCCGUCUCCCAGAAGAGGUUGCGUUCGCACCCAGAAAAUCUUUGCCGACGAGAUAG